CAGGAGCUGUGGAUAAGGACUACAGCCUGAGGAUCUGAUGCGGCACAGAGGAGACCUGGCGCCAUCCCUGUCCUCGCCCGCCCAAUCCGUGUCCCAUAACGUCCAGAUGAGGGAGGAGCCGACCAUUCACAGCUGGGGCCGCGGGCACCGAUUGGCUCCCCAGGAUGAAGAUGGCGCAGAGGAGCCGCAGAGGGGCGGAUCAGACGAGAACCGCCAUGUCCACUUCGCACCACCAGAUCUCCGCUCCCCAUCACACCACUGGCCAUCCAAUGGGCUGCGACUCAGACCUGCAGAAGGGGGUAAUGAUAACUCGCCUCCAGGACAGGCGCCGUCACCUCCCCGUCUUCCUCAUGUGUUGGCGAGAGCAGCAGCUGAGAUGCGUCAGGAGAGCGUGGAGAGAACUCCUCCCCCCAGGAUUACCAAAGUGUCUUCCAUCCCGCCCCUGAGGAACCUGGCACUGCACCGAGCUAUGGCCGUCAUUACUGCUCCCAGCAUGCAGUACCCGGGCUCCCUGUCUGGUCUGACUCCUGAUCUGGCGGAGAUGAUCAUUGAUCACAUGGUCAAGGAGCGUGUCCUGCGCCCGAGGACCCUGGACCUGUUCACCGGCUGCCCCAUCCGCAGCAUCACCCUGAACUGCUACCAGUAUUGCACCAACGACCUGAUCCGGCAGCUGCGAGGAUUCCCUAGCCUGCGGGCCCUCAACCUCGGCUCCGCCAACCUCAUCACAGAUCAGUCUCUCGGGGUCAUUCAGCAUCUGCACAGAUUGCAGCACCUGAAUCUCGGCGCCUGCCGCAACCUCACCGAAUCCUUCCUAAUCCACCUGCGAGGGUUGAAGCAUCUCUCGCAUCUCAUCCUGGAUCAGACCAAAGUAGGCGAUGUCGGAAUGUGCGAUUUCCUGCAGAGCGCUUGUUGUCCCCUCACCCACCUCAGUGUCAAUCAGACGGCGGUCACUGAGCGCACACUCAGCCUGCUGGUGGAUCGUAUGCCGGGCCUGCGCAUGCUGAGCCUCAAACACACCCAGGUGUCGGACGUCUCCUCCCUCUCCGGUCUCGGACAUCUCAGCACGCUACAUUUGGACAGCACUCGGGUGUCGGAGGAGUCCCUCCAGGUGGUGCGCUCUCUGCCGGCCCUCUCCACACUCACACUGUCCGGGGUGCAGUCUCUCUCCUCCAAUCGGGUGCUGGAACUGAUGUCAGGUCUUUCUUUGACUCGUCUGGUCCUCCCGGGCCGGCACAGCCUAUCGGAUGAGGGUCUCCUAUGUCUGUCCCGCCUCCGAGGACUGACGGAACUGGAUCUGACCGAUCACACGCAGAUCACCGACCUCGGAGUGCAGAGCGUCUCCCAGCUGACCAGGCUCCGGGUUCUCUCUCUGUGUAACACGUCGGUGUCGGAUGCCGGACUGAUCCAUCUCCGGGGAUUGAACCUUCUGGAGGAAUUAAGUCUGGACCGGACUAAAGUGACGAGCAGAGGGGUGUCCCAGUGUAUCCCUCACCUCCUCCACCUCCAGGUCCUCGGUCUCUCCGAUACUCCGGUUGGUGACAAUGUCCUGAAACUCGGAAUCCAGAACUGCAAAAAUCUGCUGAAAGUAAACUUGAGCCGCACAAGGGUCACCAACAAAGGUCUCCGUUUCCUGAGACACUCCUCCAUUGUGCAGAUCAACCUAGACGGCACCGGGGUCACCCUCCAGGGUGUAUCUGAACUGAUGGCCAUCUGUGCCAGCUUAACCAGCGUAAGAGCCGCGAACCUUCGCCUCAUCCUCAGUGAGGAGGUGUCCGAUGAAGAGGCCAGCUGAGGAUCCGCCCCCUCCUGGUGACAAAACAUGGACGCCGGGGAAGUCCUGGCAGGAGGGCGGUCAUGACAUGAGACCGAGCUGUGAUGUCAUCACCCAUGAAAAUGAUGUAAUCGGGCAAUACUAAUGUUAUCCGGGCAGCAUUAGCACUGUACAUUACUACAGACCAUUCUUUUCUCCAGAGAUUAUAUUUUGUUUGACCUCCUUUACAUUUUACCAGGAAGAGAAUCUGCCGAGAUGAAUAAAAUCCUUUAAUGAA